AUGAAUUGGUCGCAAGAAUAUCCCAGCUAUUCCUAUUCAUGGCACCAGUCGCAUGACCAGGCUACUGUGUUGCUGCUAGUGCCGUAUGAGACUCCGGACGAAGAAGUACAGGUGACCAUCGAACGCAAUCACUUGGUCGCGGGAGUCAGAGGCCAACCACCUGUUGUGAAGGGUCGAUUGUACGGAAAUGUCGAUAUUGCCAGUUCCGUAUGGCAGCUAGAGUCACACGCGUCGCGGCUGUCACUCCGCGAGCGCACGACCUCGACCACCUCGACGGUCUCGACGCGCUCUUCCUACGCUUUCGUCUCGGACCCUGAUAUAUCGAGCAGCUUUGCUGCGUCUGUGGGAAGCGGCCCCACCUCUGACACGGAGGAGUUCCUGGCGUCAUCGCCUGCACUCUCCUCGCCCGUCUCGUCUUCCGCAGACGAGCGUGUGGGGUUCGCCACCGUGCAACGCCAGCAAUCCAGGCGGAACACGUUUCGAGCAGUGUCGCCCCGAAAUGUGUCCCUCAGCCUAGCAUCGUCUUUUUCGUCGUCAGAGUCGUUGCAUGCUUCCACUUCUGGGAGGCUCUUGACCAUACAUCUUGAAAAGGCAGAUUCUGUCAUCUGGCCAUCGAUGAUCGUCGGCCCUGUGCCAGAGACGCUCUCUCCCUGUCAUCCCAGCCCUACAGGCCUGAGCACGGAUCUCGAGCAGACAUACAACAUGGAUCCUACGAGUCUAGUCCUCCUCGCUUUCGACCUCUUUGACAUUCGUCAAGACAAGGAAUCUGCUUUCGAAUAUCUACUACGAGCUUGGCAUCAAGCACACCUACCGUCCGCCGCAAUCAGGCUGGUUACUCACUACGUUCCUCUGCACCUGACCUCUGAUGACACUCUCAAAGACCCUGAGACGCCCGUAGUGCCAGGAACGUCUGCUUAUUAUGCUCAGUGCUUGGGAGGGCCGCUUGGGCUUGCACAGCUAUACCUCGAGGCUGGCCUCCUCUACUUGGAAGGCACCGCUUCCGCGCUACUCUCCACUGCCUACUCUCCUCUUUCUUCCAUCCGCUUGCCGCCGCAAUCGCAGUCCGUCGGGAGCGGCGCGGAAGGAGUGACAGCGGCGUGGAAACGAGACCGCGAGAUAUCGCGACGCUAUUUCCAGCGCGCGCAUAAUCUGCACCCGAGCCUUGACGUCCCGUUACUCCCGUCUGAAGGCGAGGAUGUGCUCCGGGAGAGCACGAGCGACGUUACCCUCCAGAUGCCGACCAUAGAGGUGAAUCCUCCUGUGGAAGAUCGUGUAAGUAGGACGCAUCCAAGGCAGAAGCGCCGGCAGAAGGGAGACGUGGGUAUCUUUGAUGAUUCGAAGCGUUCCGCGAUGGAGGAGCUUGACAAUACCUGGUAUCUAUACUUACCGGGGUUGGUGGGCGCAGGCACGGCUUUGCUCGUCGUAGGGGUUGUUGGGGCCUUGAGCUUCUCCUCUUGGAGGAAGAAUCAGGGUUGA